CGCGCUCCCUCUUCCGCCGCGCGAACCCCGUACUUCUGCUUGCUUGUGCAGCUUCAGUCGGCCCACUCACGGUUUGUCCAUUCCACCAACACCUAGGCGAUCCCCGGCAUCGUCAUGGCAUCGCUUCUAUGCUGUGGGCCUAAACUGGCCGCCUGCGGCAUCGUCCUCAGCGCCUGGGGAGUGAUCAUGUUGAUAAUGCUUGGGAUCUUUUUCAACGUCCAUUCCGCUGUACUAAUUGAGGAUGUACCUUCCACGGAGAAAGAUUUUGAGAAUGGUCCCCAGAGUAUAUACAACCUUUAUGAGCAAGUGAGCUACAACUGUUUCAUCGCAGCGGGCCUAUACUUCCUCCUCGGAGGCUUCUCCUUCUGCCAGAUCCGACUCAAUAAGCGCAAGGAAUACAUGGUGCGCUAGACAGACCGUCGCAGUUUUUCCUCUCCAGCACCCAUCCCCACUCCUGCCUUAUUUAAUGACUCUUCUUCAGUCCGCAGCCUACACCCACUCCUGCCAGACUGGGAGUGAUUAAAAACCUUGUUCUCCAGUCUCUAGCGACCCUCCCUAGUGAAAGGAAACGGGCUGGUCGGUUCCAAUAUCCAAGAGGCCCCUCUCUAUGUCCCAUACCCCAAUAAAGAGAAACUGCUCUCAA